CUUCCACCGUUGCAACCACCACGACAUCCCUGCAUCCUUGUCGGCGUUAUGCUUGACUUUAGGGUGUCGAUUGAUGCAUUUUUCUUUAUGUGGUGGUGCCGAGCAAUAAGCCAUCUUAAUCGCUCUGUUCACGCUUUGAUACCACGGAGAAUGGAGUUUCAUGCAUAGGCAACACUUAUUCAUAGUUAGAUCUACAUUUUUGUUUUUCGCAACCAGAGUAGUGGUGUCCUCCCAGUGAACUAGUCUGAUAUGCCUUCAAACCCUCUCGUUGUCUACAAUCCAUCGAAGAGCGCAUGAAAAGUUUUUGAUGUUAUUUGGGCGCUUAAUCAAACAUCCGCAAAUAACGCGUCGCGCCCUUCACCCACGCGUACACCACCCUUCUCUCUUCACCGACAUUGUAAGUUUCAUUUACAACUAAUGGAAAGGCAGGACUCACAAGCUGUUUGUAGGCAUACGGAUCAAAGGAUGUCUUCAAAAUCUUCAGAAACUACCGAGGAAUCAGUACCAUCUAUCCCAGAUCCUACCUGUCCGCUCGUCGCCUCGUAUACAUAUCAUUCUCCCACACCAAGCACCUCUGGUCCGUAUAUCCUGGGUGUAGAUGAAGCAGGCAGAGGGCCUGUUCUAGGACCAAUGGUCUACGGCGUCGCGUAUUGUCCUGCAGCCUAUCGAGAGGACCUCGAAAACCUUGGUUUUGCAGACUCGAAAACAUUAAAUUCCAGCACCAGAUCUUCGUUACUGCGUACACUAUGUUCAGAUCCUGCUAAUCUUGCAUGGUCUGUUCGCAUUCUAUGUCCGCAAGCCAUCUCCAGUGGUAUGCUUCGCAAGCCUCCAACAAAUCUCAACCGUCAAGCCGAAGAGGCUACUGUCCUUCUGAUUCGUGAAGUCAUCCAGAGCGGGAUUCAAUUAUCUGAGGUCUAUGUGGAUGCUUUAGGUCCCAUCAAAACAUACCAGGCAUACCUCUCUUCGCAAUUUCCGGGUAUCAAUUUUACUGUUGAAGCUAAGGCAGACUCAAAACAUAAGAUCGUCGGUGCGGCCAGUGUUGCUGCGAAGGUUACUCGAGAUGCUUGGGUCGAAGGCUGGAUAUUUGAAGAGACACAUUCGAACGGUGAAUCCGGGCGCGCAGUGCCAGUGCAGACAUGGGGUGAUGAACUUGGUAGUGGAUACCCUUCUGACCCAAAAACGCAAGCAUGGAUCAGGAACUCUCUGGAUCCCACGUUUGGGUUCCCUUCUCUAGUGCGCUUUUCAUGGACGACAAUCAAGGUUGCUCUUGAAAAGAGCGGACAUGAUGUCGAAUGGAUCGAUGAUGGUCAGAAAUCUCUCGUGAAAGCGUUCGAGACAUCAUCCGGCAGGGACAAACAUCGCUGUAUCGUUGCACGAGAUUUAGGUAUCAAGAAUAUUGGGAUGCUAUAGGCCCCCCAUUAUGCCCUUCGGCUGCAGUGUGGACUUCUAUCCUUAUCCAUAUUUUAAUUUAUUCUGACGAGUUAUAUCACAACUGUACUAUCAUUCACUCAGUGCCCACCCGUGUGAACAUUUCAUUUCC